UAGACGCAGUCGGAAAGAGGAGGAGGUUAGAUCGCGCGAUUCGCGACGAUACCAACGCUGGAGGUACUUCAGUAUCCUCUUGCGUUCAAGACUAAUUCCACGGAAAUAAAUCCGUAAGUGUCGCAUAACGAGUAACAAGAGAAUGACGCAAAUUUCGUAACAUUGAAGAAAUUGGCACGAACGAUGCACUACGUCGUCUUCGCCACGUGAACACUACCAGUCUGUUUCGUCGCUCAUAUGCCGGAAACCAAAUAGUUAGGUAGACAAAAAUCUGCCGGCGUAUUACGAUGUGCUCAUUUCAAAUGUUUUAAAAAGACCUAUUGCAUUACAAAGUCCGAAGAUAUUUUUGUUAUUGACGAUAUUGAAGGCUGGACAAAAAACGUGACAAGAUUUAAGAAGAAUAUGUAGAAAAUUGUGCGCGUUCAGAAGAGAAACUAAGAAGGCGUGAGUGCAUAAGAACCGAACACGAUUCCCUUAACGAAGAAUCUAAUCGUCCAGUUUCAUUCCACUUCUGAGUGGUAGGGUUCUUCAGUCCAAAAAAUAUAUCUAAAUGUGUUCCAUAGCGAUGCCAGCUGAGCUGCUUCUGGGGCAUAGUCCUCCAGUGUACAAUCCAUUGCUGUACAGUCCUCUGGUGGUAACGGCACCAACGAUUACUAGCAGAUCGGUGCCACCCAGAAUAAGGCCAUGUUUGUCAUCUGGUUCCUUGGCCAUAGAUAGCAUUCGAAACAGUAACGAUGGUGGCAGUAAUAAACAGAAAAAGAGGGUGGUAUUUGCCGAUGAUCGUGGUCGUCCUCUGACACAGGUACGUGUAAUGUCAGAACCCAGUAACGUACCACCUCUGUGGAGCACAGCUUACCUAGCUGGAUUAACUGGACGACUUCUAAAUACGAAAAUCGAGAAUGAACAGCCUGUAGAACUCAUGUCACUUUGGCAAGUAACUUUCCCCCAGCCAGCGAGCGAUUAUCUCGCCUUUCGUCGGAAACUCGAUCAGGAGAAUGUCAGCUUGGAAAACGUGAUAGUGAGAGAGUCGGAACAGUGUCUGGUGGGCACCAUCAAGGUCCGUAAUAUAGCGUACGACAAGGAAGUCGUGGUCAGGGCGAGCAACGAUUCUUGGAAAACACACGAGGACGUACAUUGCACUUACGUUGAACAGCCAGGUUUACCAGCUCUAAUUUUGUACGACACCUUCCGCUUUCGAUUAACUUUACCAUUGAAAUCAAACCUGAUAGAAUUUUGCGUACGAUAUCGAACUGAUGGGAAGGAAUAUUGGGACAACAACGAGGGAAAAAACUUUAUCGUCCGCAAGAAGUUAGAGCCACGAGCACCGGCCAAACGAUACGAUAUUCUGACGACAGCGUGUGACGGUUUCUCAAGCAAUGGCAUCCGAGAUAGUAUACCGCGAAUCACAGAUGCGACCAGGGCGAACGUACGCACGUGGAGUGAAUUUGCGUCCUGGCAACACCUUACAAACGAUGCCCCAUACUGGUGAAUCCUCGUCACUGGUCACAAACGAUGUACGAAAGUCGUACGAAUUCUUCCAGUCCACUUGAUUUAAAGAUCACGAGACGUAGAUCACGCGGGACGAGGUGGCAUUGCACACAGCACAUGCAGUAUACACAAGAUGGUUGUACGAAACAUGUGUAUAUCUACGUGGGAGUGCAUAUUAUACGGGUGCCAGGAACAAGAGAACGGAGAAGAGAACAAUUUCAAAAGGAGGGAAGCGAUGAACUACGAUUGAGUUCAAAUUAUAGAAAGACAUGCUUGGGCGGAAGAGAGAGACGUAAUCGGAGGUCGAUAGCGUUGAACAGGCGAGAAAGGAGGCACUGGUCGCGUUACAUUUAUGAUUGCAACGUGCAAAACAGAUAUGUACAUAGAAAUAUACAGAAUAAACGUGCAAGAGUUAUUCCAAGGAUUUGUUGAAGGCAUUGAUGAAGAUCACGGAUCAGGAUAUGAUGGAUGUUCGUUUCAAAGCUUCCCCAAACUCUGUCAAAUAUGGAGAUCGCCAGCAUCUUCUUCUCGAUCGUCGUCUUCCUUCUCCUUCUCUUCCUCUUUCCUGGAACUUGGCUACCAUCAGCCGAGGAUAUCCGUCAAGAUAAGUUUCCACCUUCAACUUGACCAAAUCUCGGUGGUCUCGUCCGUUCCUCAUUCUUUCUUAUUACUAUUUCCCUCUUCGCGUAUCCUUUCUUAUUUCUUUAUCUUUCUCUAUAUAAUUCUCUUGUUUCUUUUAAUUCCCUCCGAACAUCGUACGAACUUAACGCGGUAUUUUUAGUGGGGUUUUUCUUAGAUGGGGGACAUCAUGAUGACAAUUACACCACCAGUUCAUGUGAAGAAACGGACUGCAGAAUGGACGAUCAUGAAAUCACAAGGAGAGAGGGAUUCGAGUUUAUAGAAUAACAUGAGUGCAAUUAGGGAUACUUCCUACAGACUGGCAACCACUGGCGACUGCCUAACCGCUUUUAAGGGCGCGCUAUCAUAAUCCAGCUAGUGUGCGAUGGUCAUCUUUUAAUCGUUUUGCUGGCUAUCAACAUCAACCUCUUCCCCAUCCAUAGAACUGGCAAGCCUCUUCACCCUCCAUAGUACUCUUAGUGUAGAACACAAUGGAGUUGGAGUGUUUACUAGACAUUUAUAUGAAAUCUUGACAAUGAUUGUUGUUCUCUGAACACCUAUUCCUCUGUUGUUUAUAACUUUUCUUUUUUAUAUAUAUAUAUUUUUCUUUCUUUUCUUUGGUUUUCUCUUAACGUCGUUGUAACCCUUUUCGCUAUUUUAUGU